CGCUACGUCUUACAUCCCAGAAAUAGGAAAGGCGUGGGAGUGGGCAUGGUCGAGAACACAGCCAAGCGUUGUUUGGAGGCUGCAAUCCACCGGACUUCGUUUCGAAUGUUUAAUGACAUGGCCCACAGCGAGGCAUGAUAGGGAAUGGUUUGGUUUCGAGGGAUCGUAUAUAGGUGCUUGAGGCUGUCACCAGUUCUCGUCCAGUUCAAACAUCCGGUUCUUCACUUCCAUCAGCUUCUUUGUGCUCUUCAGGUCUGAGACCUCACAUUCGUUCAAUCGUCAUUCAUUCAUUCACACUCUUUAAGAAAAGCUAGCCUUUUAUCACUCUCUCUACCAGCACCUCUUCAAGCACCAACAAACAAAUCACCAUGAAGUCCUACUCCGCCGUCGUUGCCCUUGCUGGCCUCGUUUCCUCCGUUGCCGCCCACGGCUUCAUCUCCUCGCCCACGCCCCGUCAACCCGGUCAGGGCCUCAAGGCCGCCUGUGGUGACCAGGUCUACAACCAGCAGUCCUCGGACCACUUUGGCAAUGUCCAGGGUGCGCUCCAGAACCUCCAGGGCUCCCAACCCGAUUGCCGCAUGUGGCACUGCAAGGGUGUCCCCUUCUCUGAUGCUGGUGAGGUCUUCGAUUAUACCCCUGGCCAGGUCAUCCCCAUGAAGGUUGAGAUCCGCGCUCCCCACGAUGGUGUCGCCAACGUCUCCAUCGUCAAGGUGUCCUCCGACACCGUCAUCGGCCAGCCCUUGAUCAGCUGGGACCAGUAUGCCCUGACUUCAUCGCCCCUCUCGCAGCACCCUGACUGGACUUCCUUCGACAUCAAGAUGCCCGAUGUCAGCAGCGAGUGCGCUAAGGCUGGUGACUGCGUCAUCCAGUGGUACUGGGAUGCACCCAAGAUCAGCCAGACCUACGAGUCUUGCAUCGACUUCAAGAUGGGCGGUGGCUCCGGUGGCAGUGCUCCUUCUCCUUCGGCUUCCGCUGCGCCAGCUUCGUCUGCUGCCCCCAAGCCUUCCUCCGCUGCCCCUGCCACCUCCGCUACUCCUACUGCUACCGUCCCGGCUGCUACCCCUACUCCCUCCAAGGUCGAGGAGGUCGCUACCCCCACCGCCUCCUCCGGCGCCGGUGAGGGCUCCACCCUCCCCAAGAGCUUCACCAUCGACAGCUUCAUUACCUGGCUCCGCGCCAACGCUGGUUCCGAUACUGCCACCAAGGUCAGCCGCGCGGUAGCUGAGCGCGCCCAUCCCCGUGCCUUCCGCGUUUAAAGAGGGUGCACUGAAACGUGUUCAUGUGUUGCUGGGAAAUUAGAGGGACUGUUUGAUUCUGUAGAUAUAUACUUCAAUGAUGCAUAUACUUUUCUCGCUGAUGGAGCGAGCCAUUCCUA